AUGCUGUCAGGGCUGUUGGCUACGGAGGAGGAAGGAAGCAAAGGGCCUGUGGAAGGGGUGGUUGUGGGCCAGGGUGUUCAAGGCAGGGAGGCGGGAAAGGCAGAGGUUCAGGGUAACAGGCUGGAUGAAGGCUCUGAUGUCGAAUCUGAACCAGACCUGCCUUUGAAGCGUAAGCAGCGCCGCAGUCGAACCACUUUCACUGCUGAGCAGCUAGAGGAGUUGGAGAAGGCCUUUGAGAGAACCCACUACCCAGACAUCUACACACGGGAAGAGCUAGCUCAGAGGACCAAGCUCACUGAGGCCCGUGUUCAGGUGUGGUUCAGUAACCGAAGAGCGAGGUGGCGCAAGCAGGCAGGAGCGAACCAGCUUGCAGCUUUCAACCACCUGCUGCCGGGGGGCUUCCCCCCAACAGGAAUGCCGACUCUCCCCCCGUACCAGCUGCCAGAUUCCACCUACCCGACAACCACCAUUUCCCAAGAUGGGGGAAGCACUGUACACAGACCCCAGCCGCUGCCACCAUCCACCAUGCACCAGGGAGGGCUUGCCGCAGCAGCUGCUGCUGACACCGGCUCUGCGUACGGGGCCCGACACACCUUCUCCAGCUACUCGGACAGUUUCAUGAAUGCUGCAGCUCCUGCCAACCACAUGAAUCCUGUUAGCAAUGGCCUCUCUCCACAGAAGCAGGGUGCCCAAAACAAGAUGCAGUGCUCCAGGUGGAACCUCACCAUAGCCUUGAACAAUCAGGUGAUGAGCAUUCUGAGCAACCCCAGCGGGGUUCCUCCGCAGCCGCAGGCUGACUUCUCCAUCUCUCCCCUUCACGGUGGCUUGGACACCACCAACUCCAUCUCUGCCAGCUGCAGCCAGCGGAGCGACUCCAUCAAGUCCGUGGACAGCCUCCCGACUUCACAGUCUUACUGUCCUCCCACCUACAGCACCACCAGUUACAGCGUGGACCCAGUGGCUGGCUACCAAUAUGGACAAUAUGGACAAACCGCUGUUGAUUAUUUGGCCAAGAACGUGAGCCUGUCUACACAGCGUAGGAUGAAGCUGGGAGAACAUUCAGCCGUUCUGGGCCUCCUACCAGUAGAGACAGGCCAAGCUUACUGAAGAGUCCGACUGUGCCAACAACCCACUCCAGCAACUUGGUGCCACUGGAGAAAACACCACCAGCCUUCCAGGGAUCUACCUGUACCCGGACCCUCCUCCUUCCCAAUUCCCUUCCACCUUGCACCAACUUGAGCUGUGAAGGAGACGGGAAAGAGGGGGAGGGCUCUCCAAGUAUCUGGCUCCUCACAGAGCACUCUUCUCAGAGGCACACCUGGCCCCUAUGACCUGACUCCUCCCAUGGCCAGAGACAACGGGUUGGGUACAUUUAUUAAGCCUGAGUUUGUGCCCUCCCUCCAACCUACCUGGCCAGAAUGGCAUUUUGCCCACACUUAAGGACUUUCCAUUGAUCUAGGUAGUUGGCAUAGUCAAAGCCAAAUUGAUCUUUUUUUCUUU